CACCCUUUCUAGUCAGGCAGGGGCAAGGGCGAUUCCAGAGAGGGUGCAGUACUAUACGUAUACCCCCUAUCUCUGCCCCCAACCAUACCACCAGAGCACUCACAGCCAGGGACUGAAGUCUUGAAGAAGGUGCAUCUGCGUGAGUAAGUGAGCAGCCUGCUCUCAUUUGCUGCUGUUUGCAUAGCUGAGCUACAGCCAUUUCCCUCCUAUGCAAGAGGAGCUCUGCCCUGCCACACAGGAUUGACCUCGAGGAACUUAAUUUUCACUGCCGUUCCAGACACUCUUCAGGAGACCUGCAUAGAAAGCUCAAACAGUUACUUCUGCAUUUCCAAGAGGAAGUUUUACUUUUUGAAAAAAGAAGAACUGCUAAGUCUGAGCUUGAUCCUACUCAAUGGCUUCAGCAUUCAAAGGGUCAACAUGUGAAAAGAAAGAAGUGGGAGCGUCAGAAAGUAGAGGGUAUAUAUUACUUCAAGAGGACCAGAUAGCCUCUCCACACAGCUUCAUUUCUGCAAGCCAUAAAGAAUACUCUGAUUUCACAAUGGGCUCCAUCAGUGCAGCAAAUGCUGACUUUUGUUUCGAUUUAUUCCGAGUACUGAAACCCAGCCAUACAAAUGCAAAUAUCCUCUACUCCCCACUGAACAUCUUGUCAGCAUUGGCCAUGGUCUACUUGGGUGCAAAAGGAAACACUGCAUCGCAGAUGGAAAAAGUACUUAAUUUUGAUGAAGUUACAGGACUCAAAAGCCAUUUAGUAAAAAAGUGUGGUGACCCUGAAGACAUCCAUUUCAAGUUUAAACAACUUCUUUCAGAAAUUAAUGUACCCAAUGCUAAUUAUACUCUCAGAAUUGCCAACAGACUGUAUGCCGACAAGACGCAUUCAAUCCUUCCGCAAUACUUGCAAUGUACAAAAAGAAUGUACCAAGCAUGCCUGGAAAGUGUUAACUUCAAAACUGCUGCAGAAGAAGCCAGAAUAAUAAUUAACUCUUGGGUGGAAAACAAGACAAAUGGUCUGAUCAAGGAUUUGUUUGGGCCGGGUUCUAUUGGUGCCUCCACUGCAAUGAUCUUGGUUAAUGCCAUUUACUUCAAAGGAAACUGGAGCAACAAAUUUGAGGAAAAACACACCAAAGAAAUGCCUUUUACAAUAAACCAGCAAGAAACUAAACCUGUGCAAAUGAUGCAUCAGAUUGGCUUCUUUAAAAUAGCCUCCAUAGAGUCAGAGAAGAUCCAGAUCCUGGAGCUUCCAUAUGCUAAUGGAGAAAUGAGCAUGAUCAUAUUGCUACCUAAUGACAUUUCUGACCUAGACCAGCUUGAAAAUACAAUCUACUCUGACAAAUUAACAUCCUGGAUGAGUUCCACUAACAUGGAAGAGAGAAAAGUGGAAGUGCAUCUCCCGCAAAUGAAAUUUGUAGAACAAUAUAGUCUCGCAUCUGUGUUAAGCUCUUUGGGCAUGACUGACCUCUUUACCCAGUUAGCUGAUCUCUCUGGUAUCUCUAAAGGUAGGAACCUAAAAGUGUCAGAGGUCAUCCAUAAGUCAUACGUGGAGGUUAAUGAAGAAGGUACUGAGGCAGCAGCCUCCACUGGAGUAACUGGUGAGGUAACAUCUUUGGUACCUCUUAUAGAGUUCAAGGCUAACCACCCUUUCCUCUUCUUUAUCUGCCACAAGAAAACCAAUCUCAUUCUCUUCUAUGGUAGAUUCUCCUCCCCUUAAAAAAGCAGGAAUUAUUUAAUACGAUCUGAUCACGGGACAUCAACAGAUUGCUCUUCAUAAUGAAAUUACUGCUAAUUAGAAAUAUGGCAUUUUUGUUCUAUUUUUCUUUGGAUCACAAUAAUUGUACUUUGCUCUGUUUUAUCAAUGGCAAUGACAGAACCUAGGUGUACCCGAUUUUGAUCUACAGUGAUUUUGAUCCCCUCAAUAAACUGCAGCAUUUGUCUUUA